UAUUACGUGUCAAAAAUGUUACAUUCAGAACCCAAUUAUUAAGAACUAUAUCUUAUGUCGAAGGCAUAUCCUAUAGGCGUUCUUCAGUCAGUUAUCGUCAUUCCAAAUGUGUGGAGACCUCGAAUGUACAAAUCAUGGAGAAUUUAAUAUACAUAUUUGAAAAGUAAGAUUAAUGGAUCAUGGAGGUGACAAGGCUUCCUGCCAUCAUCAUAACUAAAAUUCUGGCAGAAUUAAACUGGAUUGAUAAACUCAAUGCUGUGAGAGCAAUUCUACCAUGGCAGAUUUAUUUGGAAACUACCUGUUCUUGGCCAUCUCUCGUUUUCAAACAUAUAAAGGGAAAUUGGGGAUUAUCAACCCAAGAGAACAUUUCACAGAUGGACCGUUUCUUGUAUUGCAUUGAAAAAUAUGGAAAACAUUUUAAAAGUUUGACCUUUGAAAUAGAACAGUCAGCGGCAGAUUGGAGCUAUUGGGAAUUUCAGUUAUUUGAAGCAGUGUUAAGUUACUGUUCAAUUCUUCAACAUUUCAAAGUUAUCCAAAGAUCUAAUUUUUCGUGGUCUGCAUUACUAACUAAAACAUAUUUAGAGAUCUUAAAAAAGGACUGUCUUAAGGAAGCAGAGCUUAUUAAUCCAGCAGUACCAUGGUCUGAUGUUGAAUGUAAUCCCCUCUUGGGGAUAAUUAACAAUAAAUUACAACUUAAAUUAACUGUUUUAAAAUUACGAAGUGAUUCCCUUGAUGACUACAAGGGCCAGUUGAAGUGCCUAGUUGACUUUAAAAAUCUCAGACAUUUAUUAAUCAAUCGAUUUUGUAUAACUAACGACACCAUUCUGGAGUUGACAUCAAACAGCCUAACAGAGCUGCGUUUAUACCAGGAUGUAGAUAUUCCAGACAAUCAUACAUCUCGAUCUAAGGAAGAGUUUUGGAAAACAAUUGUUAAAAAAACUCCAGAAUUUAGAAUAGACAUUUUGAUGGAAUAUGUAAUAAUUUUAAAGGAUCAUUUUCCGCUUUACAUGCCCUUAAGGAAAUUAGUCCUAGAUGAAUUACAGACCAGUAUUACUAAAGGAUUAUUAGAUGAAAUUAUAAAUAAAUAUAAUUCAACAUUGCAGUCUUUUUCUUGUGUAAAUUCCACGUUAUCAGAAAAUGCUGAUGGGAGACUAGAGUUAGCCUUGGUAGAUAUGGUGAGAAGGUGCAAGCAUUUACAAGAACUUGAAUAUGAAUUCUCAAUUGCAAGUUCGACUGUGUUACUGAUAGCUAAAACUCGAAAAUUAAAAAAACUGAGGUUCUUAAGAGUUGAAGUUUAUUAUGACUUUGAUGAUAAAAAUCAUCUAGAUUAUCCCCAAGAUUUGAUUAUGUGGUUGAAAGAGAAUAGUAAAAAUGAAGAAAUUCUGGAAAAAACUAUUUCUAAUUUAUAUGGCCGUAAAUGGGAACUUGAAAAUAAAGUUGGUUGGUUCUGUUAUAAGAAAAAUUGGUUUUAAGAAGAUAUUAAAGGUGUUAAUGUUUAUUUUAAAA